UAGGCGGUUUGCGACGCAGUGUGUUUUGAUAUGAUUUUUUUAACGAAUCCGACUGAAUAUUAGCUGCCAGCACCAUCGUCGUUAUUACAGUUUCGAUCUGAAAUGUUUAUUCUAAUUUCUACUUUCCAGGAGGAAAUUUAUUUGAAGUAUUUCACUUCUGGUGCCGUUUUAAUACUGUACACUGUUUAUUAGGGCUUAGCAGUGGGCAGCUAUAUUGUUUGGUGACUCUGUCGUAGCAACAUCUAUAAUCAUUCAUUAGAUUAUUUUGGUGAAAAUAAUUAUUUGAGAGUUUUAAUGUUUUGUAGUUGUUAAGCUUCUCAAACUAGUGAUAUUUGUAGCUGUAUUGUGGUGCAAUAUCGAUCGACCUUAUAACCUGGGCGCAUGGAGAUUGCUAGCUAGAUAGCAAAGAGGUGUGUUGGCCAAGUGCGUGGGGGUGGGUUAGUGAGAACUCAACAUGCAUGCAUGCAUACAUCGAAACUGAUCUUAUUUAUUUUAAAUUACUUUAAUUUUGCGAUUGUUGAGUAAGUAUAUGCAAAGAACAUCAGGCUAGCUUAUUAGAUGUAAAUAAAUAUUGGCAUUUCCCAUCAGCAUAAAUUUUUCUUGCACCUUUUCUUUAUUUGUUUCCCUUUUUUAGAUUCUGAUUAAGAGCAAAUCUUUGAGUUCAUAAUGGACACAGACAGUGAAAUUCAGCAGCUGGAGGAUGAGACUUUUACCAGCUCAGAAAGCAAUGGAAAACGGCCAGCACAGGAUGCCGACGAUGAGCCGACAUAUAAGCGCUCUCGGACAUCCGAUGAAAUUGUGGAACUGCGCGUCUUGCUGCAGAGCAAAAAUGCAGGAGCUGUAAUUGGAAAAGGUGGCAAGCAUAUCAAAGCUUUGCGGUCUGACUACAAUGCCACUGUGUCAGUCCCAGACAGCAGUGGGCCCGAGCGGAUUCUGACCAUUGGUGCAGAUGUUGUAACCAUAGGAGAUAUUCUGUUAAAGAUUAUUCCUACACUAGAAGAGUACCAGCAUCAUGAUGGAUUGGACUUUGAUUGUGAAGUGAGGCUCCUGAUCCAUCAAAGUUUAGCUGGAAGCAUCAUUGGUGUGAAGGGUGCCAAAAUCAAAGAGCUGCGUGAGAACACCCAGACCACUAUCAAGCUUUUCCAGGAGUGCUGUCCUCAGUCAACAGACCGUGUGGUGCUGGUCGGGGGCAAAGCUGACAAGGUUGUGGAGUGUAUUAAGACUAUGCUGGAGCUUAUUUCCGAGGCGCCUAUUAAAGGCCGGGCACAGCCAUAUGACCCCAACUUCUACGAUGAAACGUAUGAUUACGGUGGCUACAGCACAAUGCAUGAUGAGCGUGGCCGGCGGCCAAUGGGAGGCUUUCCCUCGAGGGACCGGUUCGAUCGAAUGCCUCCACGCUCUGGGCCUCGGGGUCACAUGCCUCCUAGAGGCAGAGACUACGAUGACAGUAGCCCACGCCGUGGCUCUCCAUUUCCAAGAGGUGGCAGAGUAGGGUCAAGGCCACCUCGCACUAUGCCAGUGGGACCUCCCCACCACCGUCGGGGUGACGAUUAUUCUUAUGGCUCCAACCGCAGUCACACUGAAGAAAGACGGCAUGGGGAUAGACGAGGCAGGCCUGGGGAUCGCUAUGGUGGUAUGGAUGAUGGUAGUUAUGAAGAUAGCUCAUCCUGGGAUAACUAUCCUUCUGGUGGAAGGAGUGGCUUUGACAUGGACCCUCUCAUUACCACACAAGUGACGAUUCCUAAAGAUCUGGCUGGUUCGAUCAUUGGAAAGGGAGGUCAGAGGAUUAAACAGAUCCGGCGUGAAUCUGGAGCUGCGAUCAAAAUUGACGAACCCCUUGAGGGUGCUGAAGAUCGCAUCAUCACCAUUACUGGCACACAGGACCAGAUUCAGAACGCUCAGUACCUGUUACAGAACAGUGCUCUCCACCUUCUGGGACGUCGCAACUAACCAAGUUCAUCCUCAGUGUCUCGAGACUUCCUGCUCAGUGUAGCUCCUCCAGCUCAUACAUUUGUCCAUUUAUUUGUGGAAUGCUCAUGAAUUCAUCACCACUUCUGCUACAGCAGUUUCUGUUGUGAGAACUCUGUCUGAACCUUUAAACUCAGCAGAGAGAGAUUGAUUGUUUUUGAUCUUUAAACGUUUCAGUUUUGAGUUUUUAAAAAAAAUAAUUGUACUUUUAUUUUGUUGAAGCACAGUUUACAGAAUGAUUGCUUUGUUUGGUUCUGCUUUUCUGUUGGCUUUAUUUUGCAGAAUGAUUUGGAGUUUUCUUCACUCAACAACCUUGAAUUGAUCCUGAAUUUACACACAUCUGUGUUUGUUUGGGUCUUUUUGUAAUUUUAAUAAUCUGAUCACCGUCUCUUACCUAGUUGAAGAAAAAAGAAAAAAUGGUAGUAGGAGAAAAACUGUAAAUAUCAACUUAUUUAGAAGAGUAAGACAAUUGGUCAGCUUUUCCAUACCAUUUCUCUGUGGUGUUGUCAUUGUUCUGAUGUUCCAGGCUGCUGUGAAACCUGGCUAUGUGGGCUUUCUCAUUUGUAUGUUCCCAGUCUAUCUGGGUUUUAAUACCUUGUAUUUAUCCAGUUUACCCAAUUUGCUCGCUCUCCAUUUUCUUAAGUCAAAAAAAGGCUUGCCUGAUUUAUUUUAUUUUAUUUUUUUUAUUUUAUUUUUUAUUUUUUGAGAGGAUGUGGAUGUAAUUUAGAUUGUUUUGUGUUGAGACAGAAAUGUAAUUUUGAGGAUUUUUUUUAUAUAUAUAGACUCAUCUCUGAAGUUCCUUACCCAAAGCAUUUGUAGAGUUUGUCAUUUGAAAUAAAAGGAUAUGCCAGUUUUUUUUAUCAA